AUGGUCGACCUUGCCGACUACAUCGACCGGUUCCUGGCAGCGGUGGCCACGCAGACACGCAACAAGGAGUUGACUGAUCUCCUUACCCUCAACCCCGCCAACAAUGCCGGACCAAAACGGGCCAAGUGGCACCUCCCCAACGACUUCGAAUUGCACCUGGUACCGCAACGUUACCACGAAGUGAUACGAAGCUACCUUAAGAUGAUGCAAGCGGUCUACGUCAACCAUCUGUUGCGGGAGGCGUUUGUUGCCGCUAAUGAUAUGUGCACCAAUUUGAUCCGGGCCUACCAGUACGAGACGAACCAUUUGUCGUCAGUGGUGAUGAUGUGUUUAAGUGAGCUUAAGGCGAUGUAUCUCGUCAGCCAGGCACAAAACCCCGAAGAUCUCACUCUGUUUGAGUAUCAAGAGGUGGCAGAGCUUGGUGGCGAGCCGUAUAAAGCGUCGCUUUUGGAAGAGUUUGGUACCACGGUCAACCGCGGGUUUAAAGUGGUGCUCAACGAUAAACCUGCUGAACCCCACCAUUCAAAACGAAGCCACGUCUACUUCUACCUCGGGAUGCUCCUCAAAAUUUACUUUAAGCUCGGUAAAUUGGAGUUGGCCCGCCUGGUGGAAAAAGCCGUCAUUGGGUCAAAUUUUGCUCUUCCCAAACCCAAGGGGUUACAAAUACCCUACGCCAUUGAGUACUGGUACUACCUGGCUCUUUUAAGCAUUGACGACGGCGACUACGCCCACGCUCGUGAUCUAUUGAGCAGGGCACUCAAACAAUUAGGUAGAUUGGACAACGUCACCGCCACCAAGAACUAUGCUCGCCUUAUGCUUUUGCUAAUUGCACUCAGCUACGAGGCCCACUUUCGCCUCAAACCUGAAGCCUGGGAUUUCGUACCGGAAUUGGUCCCGAUAUACCGUGACGGUUUCUUCGCUGCCAUCAAUGAUGGUGAUAUCGCGCGCUACGAGCAAUUGAUGGAGAAGUACCAGCUCCUCCUUCUCCGCAACCACCUAUACGUGUUGUUUGUGCGGUUACGACUGCGUCUCCAUCUCAACUUGGUCCGCAAGACCACCAAGUUGGUCCAGCCAACCUUGGACGAAGCCAAGCGCCAUAUCAUCUCCUUUGACGCCUACCAGAAAGCAUUUGCUGUCAGCAGUGGCAAGCCCGACUCGGAAACCGCCAUUGACGACCUUGAAUGUGUGCUUGCCUCUCUUAUCGGUGAUGGCAAAGUCAAAGGCUACUUGUCCCACGUUAACCGCUGCAUAGUUCUUUCGAAAACCGACCCCUUCCCCAGUCAAUCGCCUACACCAAAAUAA